AUGCAUCUUUUGACAUUGCUGUUUGGGGCGAUCCUUGUCUUCAUGGUUGGUAGUUCUCAAGGCGGUGACAAAUGUGAAGUUUGUUACCUGAAGGAUUGUUGCGAGGACCCCAUAUCCUCUGGUGGGAGAAACAUCAAAACAAGUGAAGGGAAGAUAUUCGGAGCGUAUUGUGAGCAAGGUUGGACGUACAUAUUUAGACGAUUCAACGGGGAAGAGGAUUUCUAUCGUACUUGGGUCGAGUAUCAACAUGGUUUCGGUGACCCAAAAUGGAAAGAAUACUUCAUUGGACUGGACAACCUUGCCAGUUUUGUGAAGGGGCGUAAAUGUAAAGUACGAUUUGAUUUAGAGGCCUGGCCACCCGUAUCUCCGGCUAAACGAUUUGCUGAAUAUUCGAUAUUCUCCAUCGCUGAAAAGACUGAUAAGUACCGCCUUACCAUUGGAGGAUACAGUGGAACAGCUGGUGAUUCAAUGGGAUUCCAAAAUGGACAACGGUUUUCAACGUACGAUCAAGAUAAUGAUAUUGACAGUUCAAACUGUGCACGCGUUUAUAAAGGAGCUUGGUGGUACAAGGCCUGUCACCAAUCAAACCUGUUUGGUUGGUACAAAGGACCGGUUUGCCCAAAGUUUGCCCAAUGUGUCGCAUGGUUUCACUGGCCAACAACCAUCGGAUCCCCUGAUAAUUAUUACUACUCCUUUAAAAAGGCGUCAAUGAAGAUGUAUUGCUGUUAA